AGUUUUUUCUCCUCCCUCUGACGACGCGGUGAUAGAACAUGCUCGGCCCGGUUCUGCUGAAGUCUUGUCGGGCGGGUCCGAGGUCUUCGAAGAAAGUUCUAAAUGAGCGCCGAACGUCUAUUCGUUUCGCGCGUACCAACGCCUCUGCGCCGCGAGUCAAUUAUUCUACUGAAGUCGAGAGGCGCUCAAGGCCCAGCCGCCUGUGGCCUAUAGCGUGCGGCUUAGCUGUCCCCGCCGCCGCUUAUGUGCUCUAUUCCAAGGCGUCCGACUCAGCGAAUGAGAACCAAAGCGAAAGACCGCAAACGAGCCAGGGACAGAGCGAGCCGGACGAACCAAACGGCCGGGCGGUUCAGACGGCCGAUCCUCGUGCCGUUCAGCGCGAUCUGGACCACGCUGAAACCGACGGUCCGAAAGAAAAUCAGGCCCUCGCGGAACCGGCAGAAGAUUCAGAGGGAAACACGCAAACCACCGCCAUUGAGGACGAUUCGAAGAAGCGCCCGCCCUCGACCGCACUGCGGUCUCGGAGCGCGAGCAGCGAUUCUGAGGACGCCCAGCUUGACAACGAGAGCGACAAUCUAUUGCUGAGGUCCCCGGACGCAUCGAACGAGGGCUCUGCUUCUCAAGCCGACAUGGACUCCUCACCGGAUGCCGACGUCCCCAACAUCCGAGAAGUCCCCUACGUGAUCGUCGGGUGCGGGGCCGCCGGUUUCAACGCGAUGAAGGAAAUUCUCUACAACGAGCCAGACGCUCAAAUUCUGAUAAUUAGCGACGAGUCUCGCGCUCCCUACGAGCGCCUGCCUCUCUCCAAGGAGCUCUGGUGGCAGCCCAACCCGGAAAAAGCCAGGCGACUGGAGUACAUCAACUGGAAGAACCAAGAAUCUAGAAUCGAAUACCAUCCAGAAAAAUACUACGAAGAAAGCAAAAACAUCCAACUCCUCAAAAACACAGCCGUCACCGACUUGAAUGCGAGCGGACACGUGAUCACGCUAGAAGACGGGAGCAUGAUAAGGUACAAGAAGUGCCUCCUCGCCGUAGGCGCGUCCCCGAACGAACUAAAUGUUCCCUAUCCGAAAGAUUCGCCGUCCGUCACAACUUUUCGCGACGCGAGUGAUUUCUUGAAUCUCUAUGAAGUUGUUGCAAAUCCAGAAACUAAACACCUGACCAUCGUCGGAGGCGGGUGGCUGGGCACCGAGCUCGCGUCGUCGAUUGCCAUGAUAGGUCGAUACAACCUCGGCAAUCAGCAACUGGAGGUCGCCCAAGUAGUUCGAGACUCCGGGGUGCUGUCCAAGUACUUGCCAAGUUAUUUUUCCGAGUAUUUGACGCGCAGGCUCGAAAAUUCUGGCGUGAACGUUUUGACCAACGUCGAGGUUCGCUCCAUAGAGGCGACCUCCUCUUCUUCUCCGAAGCUCCGCGUUCGGCUGAGCGACUCCAGGGUUUUGGAGACCGACCACGUGGUCGUGGCGAUUGGCGUUUCUCCGAGAACUCAACUGGCGAAGCAAGCGUACUUGGAACUGGACGACAAAAACAAGGGAAUCGUCGUCAAUUCGGAGCUCGCUGCCAGGUCGGACCUGUACGUCGCCGGGGACGCCGCGUCCUAUUUCGACCCUGUCUUGGGCAGGCGCCGCGUGGAACACUAUGACCACGCCGAAAUCAGCGGGAAACUGGCCGGGCACAACAUGGUCGGCAACUGCCGCACUUACCUCUACCAGCCCAUGUUUUGGGGGAGCAUUGGAGACGCCGGGUUCGAAACGGUGGGAAAAAUCGAUUCAAAACUCCAAACCGUCAGCGUUUGGCAAAAAGGACCCGACUCGUCUCCAGGAGACAACGUGAAUUCUUGGGUUCCACUCCAGUCGGACACCGCCACUGCUCUCUCUCAAUCCUCCACGGAGUACUUCGAUCAAAACGAGUACAAACGCGGUGUCAUCUACUACAUAGAAGACUCAAAAGUAGUCGGCGUCUUCAUGUACAACGUCCACGGAAAGAUAGAACAGGCCCGACGAGCCGUCGUCUUCCCUCGCGAAUUCGACGACCUAGACCGCGUCAAAACGCAGAUAUAUCUCGGACGAGAAACCGAGCAAGAAGAGCAAAUCUGAAAAAAAAAGAGAAAAGGCCUCCAAGAGACGUUCCAAGCCGUCCGCGCCCCCGUCUUCCUCGACGGAAUGUAGUCCCUCAGGACAACAAAAA